AUGCGAAAAACGAAAUUUCAAUGCGUUUCACUCGCUAUGCUUUUAAUUAUCGUUAUUUUAAUUGCUGCAACUGGAAUUGAAGCCCGUGGACGACUAAUCGGCCGAUACAAACGGCAAUCUGGAAAAGGUUGGGGGAAUUGGGGAGGUGGAUGGGGAGGAGCAUGGGGUGGGUAUGGUACCGGUUAUGGAAACAAUUUCGGUGGAGUAUGGCAAGAUGUUUGGGUCGCGGAUUUGAUCAAUAUAUAA